AUGAGUAAAACAUCAAUCAAAGUGGAAGAACAAAAUAAAAGAAUGCGUAUUCGUCAAUUUUUUUCGCCAGUAGACGAUCGCUAUGUUACUGGCAUAUGGAAUACAUCAUUAAAAACAGCUAUUCAAGAAAUUCAAAAAAAGAAUAAUAGUGGUUUAAGUUUCGAAGAACUUUAUCGUAAUGCAUAUACAAUGGUGCUGCAUAAACAUGGAGAAAAACUUUAUACGGGUACACGUGCUGUUGUUAUUGAUCAUCUUGUACAAAAAGUCAGACAAGAUGUUGUUGAUUCAUUAAAUAAUAAUUUUUUAGCAACACUUAAUACAGCGUGGAAUGAUCAUAGAACAGCCAUGGUUAUGAUACGUGAUAUACUUAUGUAUAUGGAUAGAGUUUAUGUUAGUGGACAAAAACUUGAACCUGUUUAUAAUUUGGGUUUAAUUUUAUUUCGUGAUAAUGUUGUUCGAUACACACUUAUAAGAGAUCAUUUAAGGCAAACAUUACUUGAUAUGGUAGCAAAAGAAAGACGUGGAGAGGUUGUUGAAAGGUAA